CAUCAGUGUGAGUCGCCAGAACACACAAACACACGUGUCAUGGAUCGUAAACUGGAUCUGUCGCGUCUGACGGAUGAGGAGGCCAAACACGUCUGGGAGGUGAUUCAGCGAGACUUUAACCUCCGAAAGAAAGAGGAGGAGAGACUCGGUGAGUUGAAGACUAAAAUCGAGAAGGAGGACACAAAGCGGGAGCUGCUGGGUUCUCAGAGUCAGCUGUCCGAGUCUCACUGUAUCCGCUGCCUGCAGCCCUUCAAGUUCCUGGUCAACAGUAAGCGCCAGUGUCUGGACUGCCACAUGUACACUUGCAAGUCCUGCAGCCGCUACAACAAGAAGGAGCACGGCUGGGUGUGUGACAACUGCCGCAUGACCAGGGUGCUGAAGAUCGGCACUGUGGGUUGGUACCACGACAACGUGAGAAAUCGCUUCAAGCGGUUCGGCAGUGCGAAGGUGAUGAGGUCGCUGUACAAGAGGCUGAAUGGAGACGGUCGUGAUGACGACACUCAGAGUAUGCCGGACGUCCGCAGCCAUGUGUAUAAUGGUAAUGAGGAAGACAACGGAGAGGCUGAAGUUCAGCGCUACAAAGUGAUGAGGAAGAAUAAACGCCUGCUAUCAGUUCAUCCUCUGGACUUUGACCCAGAGGACUAUUUUCCUUAUUCACGACGACCUUCUAUACAGCAGAUGCAGGAGGAUCGAGGCUACAGGAACGAUGUGGACUACGACAUAUACAACCAACGAGUAAACCGCAGGAAGAGUCUGGACCGAUACGCCAUGAGACCAGAUGACUAUGGAGACAGCAGGAUGGUCCGGACUCGCUCUCUGUCUAAGAUCAGCUCGUCUGUGGCUCGGCAGCAGUACGUCGACACCUCAGACGAGGAGGAGUACCCGAGGUACCCCCCUGCGUACCAACAACACCCCCACCGCCGCAAAAACAGCCGCGCCUCCUCCCAGGAGAACCUGGGACAAGCCCCGCCUAUGAACGAGCUGAACAAACGCAUGUCAGCCAUCGAGAGUCUGCUGAACCGCCUGGAGGAGAAGAUGACAACUGCUGACGAGACGUCAGCUCCGUCGGCUCAGAACGAGGAGGAGAAGCUGAGGAGGAAGCUGAGCGAACUGGCGGGGAACCUGAGCGAUAAAGGGCUUUCGUCAGACGACGAGGCCGGGAAGAAGUCCUUCUCUGUGGGUAAAAGUGUGGCCGGCGUGAGGGGCGGCCCCGUGGUCAACCUGGACUCUCUGAAGGAUAAAGAGCUGAGCUCGUCCAGCGACGAGAUGCCCACCGAGGCCCAGAAGAGAUCAACCGCCGCAGCCCUCUGUGACCUCACCACUGAGGUCUUGAGAACCAUUAAUGCCACAGAAAACGCGAUGGUCGAGUACGGUUUGUCAGAGCCGGCUGACAGAGCCCACGUAGUAGGGACUGACGUUAAGCAGGCAGAUGAUGCUUUCAGGGAACUUGAGGAAAAUGUGUACAUGGCGGCUGGUCAGUCCUACCAGUUGGAGACCAAGCUGCGACGACUCGAGCAGAGCGCCAAAACUCGCUACGGGGGGACGACGGACUCGGAGCUGUCCGAGCUGGAGGACGUGGUGGCGCUGACCGCCGCCAGAGUGCAGAGCGCCGAGAGCGAGGUGUCGGAUAUCGAGAGUAAAAUUGCUGCUCUGAACGCUGCCGGAUCAAAGAAGAAGGUUUCUGGAUCUCAUCAGAGGAAAAAAGCAACUCAAGACUUCACCAAGAGCAGUAACGGAGCUCAGUGGAAAUCCAACAACGUGCACUGAAGCUGAAACCUAAAAACCGGCUGCAGUUUAAAGUCAGAAGUAA